AUGCGGCAGGUCAUCGAAGCCCACGAAGUCGACACCUUCCAUGUCCCGCAAGCCUUUCUGGACAAGCAUCCCACCAGAACCCACCUAAAAGAUCUUGACGAGUACAAGAAACUCUACGAAGAAUCGAUCCGGGAUCCAGAUACCUUUUGGUCUAGGCUGGCCCGCGAGCUCCUGACGUGGGAGCGUGAUUUUGACACCGCCCGUUAUGGAACUUUUGAAAUGGGCAAUAUUGCCUGGUUUCUCGGUGGGCGCUUGAACGCUUCGUAUAAUUGCGUUGAUCGUCAUGCGAUCAAGGACCCAAAUAAGCUGGCGCUCAUUUAUGAGGCGGAUGAUCCCGGCGAAGGCCGCAACAUUACAUACGGGGAGCUCCUGAAGGAGGUUUCGCGGUUAGCUUGGGUAUUGAAGCAGGCUGGCGUUAAGAAGGGGGACACUGUUGCAAUCUACCUGCCCAUGAUUCCAGAGGCUGUUAUUGCGUUCCUGGCGUGUGUUCGCAUUGGUGCGGUUCACUCUGUCGUUUUCGCUGGAUUCUCCUCUGAUUCGCUCCGGGACCGCGUUUUGGACGCCCGCUCCAGGGUCGUUAUUACCACGGAUGAGGGCAAGCGCGGUGGGAAGCUCAUUGGGACGAAGAAGAUCGUGGACGAGGCCCUUAAGCAAUGCCCUGACGUGAAUCACUGUAUAGUGUACAAGAGAACGGGUGCCGAUGUGCCCUGGACUAAGGGUCGGGACAUGUGGUGGCAUGAGGAGGUCGAGAAGUACCCUAACUACAUCGUUCCGGAGCCGAUGGAUUCAGAGGACCCUCUUUUCCUUCUGUACACGUCAGGGUCAACUGGAAAACCAAAGGGCCUGAUGCACACGACUGGCGGCUAUUUGGUUGGCGCAGCUGCAACUGGCAAAUAUGUAUUCGACAUCCAUCCUACCGACCGCUUCUUCUGCGGUGGGGAUGUAGGCUGGAUUACAGGACACACCUAUGUCGUCUAUGCUCCUUUGCUUCUCGGAUGCGCAAGUGUGAUUUUCGAGAGUACUCCAGCAUAUCCCAACUUCUCCCGGUACUGGGAUGUUAUUGAGAAGCAUGAAGUGACCCAGUUCUACGUUGCCCCAACGGCGCUGAGGCUCUUGAAGCGCGCUGGAAAUCAAUACAUCCACCACAAACUUGAGACUCUUCGCAUCUUGGGAUCCGUCGGUGAACCAAUUGCCGCAGAGGUGUGGAAGUGGUAUUUCGAGGUGGUCGGAAAGGAAGAAUGCCAUCUGGUCGACACAUACUGGCAAACCGAGACUGGCUCUCAUGUUAUUACUCCACUGGGUGGCAUCACGCCAACCAAACCCGGCAGUGCCUCCCUUCCCUUCUUUGGCAUUGAACCCGCCAUUAUUGAUCCAGCAUCAGGAGAGGAAAUCAAAGGCAAUGAUGUUGAAGGUGUUUUGGCCAUUAAGCAUCCAUGGCCCAGCAUGGCCCGCACAGUCUGGGGUGCUCACAAGAGAUAUAUGGACACCUAUUUCAAUGUUUAUAAGGGACUCUAUUUCACUGGCGAUGGUGCUGGUCGAGAUAUGGACGGAUACUAUUGGAUUCGGGGCCGUGUCGAUGAUGUUGUCAACGUUUCUGGCCAUCGUUUAUCAACAGCAGAAAUUGAAGCUGCUCUCAUUGAACAUCAUGCUGUUGCUGAGGCUGCUGUCGUUGGUAUUGCCGAUGAACUCACCGGACAGGCUGUUAAUGCAUUUGUUUCGCUGAAAAAUGGGGAUGAUGGCGAAUCACUCCGCAAAGACCUCGUUUUGCAAGUUCGCAAGUCAAUUGGUCCAUUUGCUGCACCCAAGGCUGUGUUCGUCGUCGAAGACCUGCCCAAGACUCGAAGCGGUAAGAUUAUGCGACGAAUUUUGAGAAAGAUUCUCAGCGGCGAGGAGGACAGCCUGGGUGACAUCUCAACUCUAUCCGAUCCAAGCGUCGUUGCCAAGAUCAUUGACGUCUACCAAGCGACAAAGAGCAAGUGA